CUCUUGUAAAUUGAGUUGAUUGCGGUAUCAAACUUUCGCCUGCAAGGAUGCGCCCGAAAGAUUGCAAAUCUGUUGGGAAAGGACAAUCACUAUGUGGUCCUUGAGGUAUUUAAUCAACUGACAGAGCAACCAAGUGAUCUCUUCGUCUUUUUGAUACGUUUAAAUAGAAUUCAAACAAUGCGGUGCUUGUACGAUGUUCUGGGUGUACCCAACGACGCGGAUGAUGCCCAAUUGAGAAAAGCAUACCGCCAAGCUGCCCUUCAGUGGCAUCCAGACAAAAAUCACGACAGGCAGCAGGAAGCGGAGGUGCGCUUCAAGGAGAUCCAGAACGCCUACGAGAUACUGAGUGACAAACACGAGCGUGCAUGGUACGACAGCCAUCGGGCUCAGAUUCUUCGUGCCGAUGGCAGCUACCAGGCCGGCGGAGGAGGCUUCACCACAGACGAGGCCGCUCCCCCAGAGGACCUCUCGCUGUACCAGUACUUCUCCUCCUCCUGCUACAACGGCUACAACGAUGAGCCCAAGGGCUUCUACACAGUGUACAGGGAGGUGUUUGAGGGACUGGCCAGGAGUGAGAGCGAGGCCGCUGAGCGAGGGGGAAAGCGGGGGCCGGCGCCCACUGGCUUUGGCCGCUCCGACUCGCCCUGGUCGGAGGUGUCGGCGUUCUACCGCUACUGGCUGCAGUUUGUCAGCGAUCGCGAAUUCGGCUGGGCUGACGUCCACAACCUCGCCUCAGCGCCCAACCGCAAGGUGCGGCGGCUGAUGGAGGAGG